AUGGUUGCCCUGCGGGCGGACCUUCAGCGUUCUUUAUUUCAAGAUGAUGAGGAGCGAUUAUUGUCAUAUGUUAAUGUAUCUAAGGAAAAUGAAAAGAAAAAACGAAAGGAAACUUAUUUGUGUAUAGCAUGUAAGUCGAUUUUAAUUUUUUUCAAUGAUUGCCCUGUUUAGCGACAGUUCAACAACCGGUUGUCGUGAAGUUGUAUCUGGUAAGGGCCAAGGAAGAUGGAUUUCACAAGAAAGAGAGUUUUAUGCUUCGCGAUAUAAAAAUAGUUGAUGGAAUUAAUCCCAGAAAACCCCAAGCUGAGUUCGAUCUUGUCUUUGGAGACAAUCGACGGAGGAAUUUCUUUGCUACUUCACUAAGUGGGAAGGAAUCUUUCAUCAAGGAGCUCUUUUUGGCACGUUUUACUAUAUGUUUUUCUUUUAUUUUUUAGGUAUCACACAAAUUCCUUCCCAUCCAAAAGCCUGAGUUUGUUAAUAUUAAACUGCCUGACCUUGAAUCUCCGAAGAAUGAGUUGAUUCCAGGAGAUGAGGUUGUUCAAGACGUCCAGGAUGAAGAUUAUCAUGUAAGUGAAAUUUUAUAUUGUUUUCUUAUUUCUUGUAGCCGAUUACUCAAAAAGAAGAAGCGGACUUCCGUAGGAUGUUGAAACAAUUCAAUCUCGAAUUAUCAGAAGCGAAACUUUUUAACGAAAAGUUGACUCAAAUGUUGGCUGAUCUAGACAAUACGAAUAUUGAGAGCAUAAUGGCCAGCGAGACCGCAGUGGCAGAUCUUAUAGAUAAUCUGGAACAGUGUGACGACUAUAUGAAGUUUCUCGGAGAUCGAUUGUCCGCUUAUGAUACUGUGUUGCAUGUAAGUUGAUUUCUUUUAUUAUAAAUUAUGUAUUAUUUUUCAGCAAGUGGAAGAGAAUGUGGAAGUUAUUGAAGAGAAGGCAAAUCUGGGACAAGUUGAACGAGAUAAUCUACAUCUCCUGCUCAAUUCGUUGGUGGAAUUUACAGAAUUGAUGGCUACAGUGAGCCCGGAGCAAUUAGAACUUUUGCAAAGACCAAAGUUUGGUGAUCAGGCAUCGUAAGUGAUGUCGAUGUAAAUUGUAAUAUUCGAUUGUUAAAGAGUCAACUUGGGCCUAGAAGCUGCCAAAAGAGCGCACCAAUUUAUGAGCUCGGAAUCUGUUCAUAGUAAUCUAGACGCCUUCAAAGAAGGAAUGCAAACCGUUCGGACUGCGUUUGGAGUCUUUGUGGAUACCUUCUAUUCUUACGUGUCGGCAACCAUGGAGAAUAUGGUAUGCACAUCAGUAUGUUAUGCAUGUGUUUAGAGAGAUCGGAUUCCUUUGGACGAUUCCACAAUCAUGCCGAAGCACUCCGCCGUUUAUCGUCAACUUCAAAACUUUAGCGAGAUCGUGAAUAUAAUCCGGAUAUCUAGACCAAAUGUUUAUCAGAGAUUACUCGAUAACUACCGUCAACAUGUAACUACUAUAUUUAAUCAAGAUCAACAUAAUUUUUAUAAAAACCACGAACAAAAAGUGAACACAAUGUCAGGUAAUAUUUGCUUUCUUAAUAUUCAAAACUUUACUGAAAUGGCUAUUAGUUUAAUUUACAGCGAGUUCUGCUUCGGAUCUGAAUGAAUUCGGAUCCUUGAUGGAGUUGGUGUCCGCAGAGUCGGAGAUCGUUGUCCAGGCCGAGCAAUCGUUCCUCCAGAAGUUCUUCCACAUCCCGUCGAUCGAUCCGAAUACCCAACAAGUGAGCGAUUCGAUGAGGGCGGUGAUCCGACCUAUCUUUGAACCCAUGGCCGAGAUUUUUCAGCGUUUUGGAAGGGCUUGUUGCUCCAGAAAUCCCAGUUUGUAUGUUAUUCUUGCUAAUUGUAUUUGUUACCGUAACUGCAGAUUGCCGGCCACAUUAUUUGUCCGUUUGGUUUCGUUAUUACCCAGAUAUAAUAAUCCCAAAUCAUAUUUUUCAACAGUUUUUGGGAACUUUGUAGUGGCCAUGAAGCGAAUUCUGGAUGAGCAAAUGGUUUGUUCAUUAUAACUUUGGCUUUUACAAAUUUUACGUACACGUUAACAGGGUAUGUUUUAGAAUUAUCGCCUUGAUUCUUAUCGAGUCCAAAAGUUUACUAAACGACAACGGAUUGGUACUCUGAGUUCCAUCGACGAGUUCCAUCGGGUGAUUGUGGAGACGGAUCGGAUCUUCGGAGAGAGCGAAAGAAGGUCAGACUUUGAGAAAUGGGCUGUGAAGUUAUGCAAUGGGGUCAUCGAGGGCAUCGACAACGCUGCAAUGUCUCCCAAUUCAAAGUCACCAGCUUCAAUUGUCCGGUUGGAGAACUUCCAUAAAUUAUAUUGUAAGUUAGCUGCGGUUUUAAUUGAGAUUGUUACAGUAUCUUUGUCUGAAAUGAGGAAAAUCUCGGCUUUGGACGAUAUUAGAAGCCAAGUCAAAAGGAAAUAUCAGGAGAAUAUGAAGAUAUACGUCUUUGAUUAUCUGGGAAAACCUCUGGAAAAAUUACACGUAAGUUGGAAGUUAGGUAACCAGGAGAGCCUUACAAAAGAUGGGUUUUAGGUGAGGCACUGAGCUUUUCUUACAAGGAAAGUACUUCUAUGGGGUGUGGAGUUACAGGUCGAGAUAUAUAUCAAAAAAUUCGCAUAAAAUUUCUGAUUCAGAAUAUAUAAAAAUUAGCUGCCUAAUUUUGGUCUAUCAACGAGUUUUAUCGAUAAAUGUAUUUCUCGAGGAAAAAAAUCUGCGGCAACAAAAGCGCGCUUGGUCUCUUCCUUCGGAAGAGAGCGGUGUGGCCGAGUGGUUAGAGCGCUAGAUUGGGAAUCCGAAGGGAACGGGUUCGAUUCGUUUUGCCACACUAGAACCCAUUUUUUACAUUGGAACUACUUCUAAGGUGUAGUUGUAAUCUAAUUUGAUAUUUUAAGGCUUGUCAAGGCCUCAGAAUUUAUUUUAGCACAAAACAAAAAUUUUUUAUUGGUAAAAACACGGUCAAAAAGGCACUUGCAUGGUGUCGCGAGGAAACUUCUGAGGACAAAAACAUGUCAUCAGACCAAAAUUAGGCAGCUAAUUUUUAUAUAUUCUGAAUCAGAAAAUUUUUGCGAAUUUUUUGAUAUAUAUCUCGACCUGUAACUCCACACCCCAUAGAAGUACUUUCCUUGUUAAAAUUUUUUGCAAGCGGGUUCUGAUCUACGCACGAAGAAAUACUGGAUGACAGGUUUAGGGCGUGCUUUCCAGCAACAGUCGAGAUGUCUGACGAUCUUGUUCUCGAGGGAGUACGCGAGAUGAAUCCGAGAAACAGUUUUUGUUAGGGUUGUUAAUUUUUCACAAUUUUUCAAAAUGCAGUCAAAUUGCCGUCACUUUGGUUAAAUUGGGAAUUCUGAUAUACGAAGCUUUCACACGCGUGUUUAACGUAGACUAUGAUGAAUACCGUUUAUGUCAUAUUAGUGGUAACUGUUUUAUUGCUUAUUUUAUCCGUCGUUUUGACUAGAAAGAGCAAUGCAGUUUGUAAAAAUUUUUAAUUUUUAGCAAAAAAAAAUCGAAAAAAGUUCAAUUUGACAAUAAAAAUGACAGAGCAAUUUGACAUCACGAAAAUGCCGGCAAUUUGACAACCUGACUGACGCGUCGAGUUGACGACUUAACAACCCUAGCUUUUGUCCAUAACUUUCUUGUUUUUGCAAGGAAAAUUUUCGAUUUUUGUAGGAAAAUUAUACACUGCAAUAGUAAUUGAGCAAUAGUAAAGUGAAAAUUUCAAACCGAAAAUUGCAAAAAAAGUGGAAAUUCUUUAAUACCGUUUGAUCAAAAAAUCGCGGCGGUUUCUCGAAAUCGCGAGCUAGGAAUCUCGAAUGUCUUCGAAAAUUAUGCGAGGGGUUUUUUUUCUCAUAACAGGGAGGAAACAGGACUAGGUCAGCUCCCCCACUGUAAUUAUAUGAUUUCAGUUGUUCUUUGAAUCGGUGGAAUUCGCGAUAUCCUCUGGAGUUCGGCCGGAAGAAGUUGGAUUCCAACAACAAUUUAGCCGAGGAGAACUUAAGAAAGCUAUCAGUGCUCAUCAAGGUCGGGAAGUAAAGAAAGGACUGGAGAAUUUGUAUGCCAAGGUUGAGAAACAUCUGGGAGGAGAUUCUCAACUACUACAAGUUGUGUGGAGAGAUAUGCAGCAAGAGUUCUUGUCUCAAAUCAAACAUUACCAACGUCUUAUCAGCCAAUGCUACCCCAACUCUCGGCUUAACCUUGAGUUCACAAUAGAGGAUGUCUUACGGUACUUCUCAGAGAUUGCACAACAACAUUAA